UCUCCAGAGGGGAGAUAGUGAGGAUGGCAGGAUAUGACUACGUGGAUCCCUCCAUCUUCUACUCCAGAGAAAGAGAGAAGAGCUUCAUGGGACGGCUGAAGUCUGACUCUUCUGAGACCUCAAUGUUCAGAAAGCUGAGGACCAUCAAGAGUGAAGGAGACGGAUUCAGGCUGUCAAUGGAGCAGGAUGACAGGAGACCUCUCAGCUUCCAGAAGUGCUUUGCCCACUACGACGUGCAGAGUGUCCUGUUCAACAUCAGUGAGGCUGUGGCCAGCAGAGCCACCCUCAGCCAGAGGAAGAACACAACCACUGGGGCCUCGGCAGCUUCACAGUACCACCCUGGAGCCGGUGGGGGUAGUGGAGCGCCAGGGUUAGUACCAGGACCAGGGGCAGUACUGGGGGCAGAGGGAGGGCUGGGAGGUGGUCUUAGCAGUGGAAGUACCGGUACCUCCAUGUUUGAGUCUCCUCUAGGCUCCCGAGAGGACCUGAACCCCAAAGAGAACCUGGACCAGGACGAGGGCGACGGAAAGAGCAAUGGACUAGUCCUGGGGUGCCCCCACUUCCGUAACGAGGUUGGAGGUGAAGGGGAGCGCAGGAUCUGUCUCUCCAGGGCGAACAGUGGCGGAGGAGGAGACAGCUGCAGCUUUCAGUCGUCCCUGUCCUCCCACUGUACCAACGCUGGGGUGUCGGUGUUGGAGGUCCCCAGAGAGAACCAGCCUAUACACAGAGAGAAGGUUAAGAGAUACAUCAUAGAACAUAUCGAUCUGGGGGCGUAUUACUACCACAAGUUCUUCUAUGGGAAAGAGCACCAGAACUACUUUGGAGUUGAUGAGAACCUGGGUCCAGUAGCAGUCAGCAUCAGGAGAGAGAAGCUGGAUGAAGGGAAGGAGAAGGAAUGGAUGCAGUACAGCUACCGGGUCACCUUCAGGACCAGCCAGUUAACAACCCUACGUGGGGCGAUCCUGGAGGAUGCGGUCCCCUCCACAGCAAGACAUGGUGCAGCCCGAGGCCUACCUCUGAAAGAGGUUCUGGAAUAUGUGAUGCCUGAACUCAACAUCCAGUGUCUCCGUCUGGCCCUCAACUCUCCCAAGGUCCCCGAGCUGCUCCUCAAAUUGGACGAACAGGGGUUAAGUUUCCAGCACAAGGUGGGGGUGCUGUACUGUAAGGUAGGCCAGAGCACAGAGGAGGAGAUGUACAACAACCAAUCAGCUGGUCCCGCCCUCGAUGAGUUCCUCGACCUAUUGGGACAGAGAGUGAGACUGAAGGGAUUCACCAAGUACAGAGCACAGCUCGACAACAAGACUGACUCAACAGGAACCCACUCCCUGUACACCACCUACAAGGACUAUGAACUGAUGUUCCAUGUGUCAACCCUGCUCCCCUUCACCCCCAACAACAGACAACAGCUCCUGAGGAAGAGGCACAUAGGGAACGACAUUGUGACCAUUGUGUUUCAGGAACCGGGGACUCUGCCCUUCACCCCUAAAAACAUCCGCUCACACUUCCAACACGUCUUCGUCAUCGUCAAGGUCCACAACCCCUGUACUGAGAACGUCUGCUACAGCGUUGCUGUCUCUCGUUCUAAAGACGUCCCUCUGUUCGGCCCUCCGAUCCCCAAGGCAGUGACCUUCCCCAAGUCCGCCGUGUUCCGAGACUUCCUAUUGGCCAAGGUCAUCAAUGGGGAGAACGCCACCCACAAAUCGGAGAAGUUCCGCGCCAUGGCGACCAGAACGCGCCAGGAGUACCUCCGCGACCUGGCCGAGAACUUCGUAUCCACGGCAACCAUGGAUUCGGCUGUGAAGUUCAGUUUCAUCACACUGGGAGCCAAGAAGAAAGAGAAGGUCAAACCUCGUAAAGACGCUCACCUGUUCUCCGUCGGCGCCAUCACCUGGUCCGUCACCGCACGGGACUUCGGCCAAUCAACAGACGUGGACUGUCUCUUGGGCGUGUCCAACGAGUUCAUCGUUUUAAUAGAGGAGCAGUCUAAGAACGUGGUGUUCAACUGUUCCUGUCGUGAUGUCAUCGGAUGGACGUCUGGGAUUAUUAGCAUCAAGAUCUUCUACGAGAGAGGAGAGUGUGUGGUGUUGUCUGUUCAGGACGGAUGUGAAGAAGAUAUACGAGAGAUGGUGCAGAGACUAGAGAUAGUGACGCGUGGCUGUGAGACGUCUGAGAUGACGCUGCGUCGGAACGCUCUGUGCCAGCUGGGUUUCCACGUCAACUUCGAGGGCAUCGUGGCCGACGUCGAGGCCUUCGGGUUCGCUUGGAAGGCGGGGCUUCGCCAGGGCAGCCGAUUGGUGGAGAUCUGUAAGGUUGCCGUAGCAACGCUGUCCCACGAACAGAUGAUCGACCUGCUGAGAACCUCCAUCACCGUCAAGGUGGUCAUCAUCCAACCGCAUGACGAUGGAGCACCACGCAGGUAA